AACAACUAGCCUAGCUAUAGUUUCACCAUUACAAGUAUUUCUGUCUUGCUUGUAGUGGUUCAGAGGCAGUAGGCUACAUGCACAACCAACCUCAAAUGAAAGAUGCACACAACAGGAAAAAUGACACUCACACAACAGGAAAGGGUUUAAGCUCAAUCAUUCAUCACUCUCAGUGUCAAUCACUCAUAAUAUAUGCAUAGAUGAUUAGUUCCUGGUCUCUCUCCCCCAAGGCCUAUUUAAAGCUGGAGUGUAGUAAGAGACUGAAUGACAUUCCUCAUAAUUCUCCAACCACAUCAAUUGCUCAACUGAACUCCAUUCACUAUGGGCAUUCCACUGAACCUGGGUACUCUGGUCCUAAUGCUCAUCAUCUACAGUGAAGUGCACGCAGGGGGCAUUUAUGGGGGCAAGGAGGCCGUGCCGCACAGCAGACCCUACAUGGUGCUCCUGAACAGGACUAUCACCAACAAACUGAAGCCCAAAAACUGUGAUGGCUUUCUAGUGAGAGAGGACUUUGUGAUGACUGCUGCCCACUGCAAUGGGAGAUCCAUUAAGGUCAAGCUGGGAGUCCACAACGUGCAACAGGAAAGCGCUCAGGAAAUGUUUGUGAAACAGGCAUUUCCACAUCCAUAUUAUGAUAAUGAAGAACAUGAUAAUGAUAUCAUGCUACUCAAGCUGGAAGAGAAAGUGCUUUUCACCGACCGUGUGAGACCCAUUGGUCUCCCGCAGACAGAAGAUGAGGAGAUACCCAAGGACUGUCUGGUGUCAGGCUGGGGCUACAAUAUCAGGGGAGUAAACCAAGGCUCCCCUGUGCUACUGGACCUCAACGUGACACUGGUUGCGAGUCAAGUAUGCUCUGACAACCAUGCGGUCUGCUCAUCAGGACUAAAUGGACCUGCUCGGGGAGACUCCGGUAGUCCAUUGGUCUGUAACGGUGUGGCCUAUGGGGUGGUGUCCAGCUCUAUAGACAAUCUCUACAUCUACACACGCAUCCCUGACUACCUGGACUGGAUCAACAACACCAUGAAUAAUUGAUCAGGGAUGUAGCUCAGUUGAUAGAGCAUGGCGUUUGCAACGCCAGGGUUGUGGGUUCGAUUCCCA